AUGAAACUAUGUAUCGUGAUUUUGGUGUGCUUAUUUGGAGAUUGUUCGGCGGAGGAUUAUCCGUCACUGAUGACCGCAAAUGCUUCAAUAGCUGUGGUGAUAGAUCGACAAUUUCUGGGCGAAGAGUACCAGUCAACUCUGGAUGAGUUGAAAGACUAUAUCAAGGAAUUAUUGCGAGUUGAGCUUAAGCAUGGUGGACUAAACGUUCAUUAUUUUUCUUGGACGGCUAUUAGUCUUAAAAAAGGAUAUUUGGCUGUUUUUAGCAUAGCAUCUUGUGAAGAAACCUGGUCACUGUUUACUAGAGCUGAAGAAGAGGAACUGCUGUUAUUAGCAUUAACAGAAGUUGAUUGUCCACGUCUGCCAAUAAAUUCUGCUAUAACGGUUACCUUUACGGAACCAGGCGAUGAGCUAGCUCAAAUAUUACUGGAUUUGAGGACUCAGAGGGCGUUUAAUUGGAAAUCAGUAGUCUUACUGCAUGACAAUACUCUUGCAAGAGACGCGAUAUCUCGUGUUGUUCAAGCACUGACAUCUCCUAUAGAAAUUGACGACGUCCCUUCUGUUUCCGUAACGGUGUUUCAGAUGAGGUACGAAGUAAACGAAUAUUUGAGGAGAAAAGAGGUCUACAAGGUGUUGUCGAAACUUCCUGUAAAAUUCAUAGGAGAAAAUUUCGUACCAAUAGUAACGACAGACAUGAUGAACACAAUGGUGGAGAUAGCUCGCGAGCUAGGACUGACACACACAGAGGCUCAGUGGCUUUACAUCAUAUCGAACUCGAUAACAAACGGAAAUGUCUCGAACUUGAUCAACGAUUUGUAUGAAGGGGAGAACAUUGCCUAUUUCUUUAAUAUCACUAACGAUGAAAAUGAGUGCAAGAAUGGCCUGUUAUGUUAUGCUCAAGAAAUGUCGAGAGCCUUCAUAUCAGCUCUAGAUACAGCAAUACAGGAAGAGUUCGAUGUAGCGGCUCAAGUGUCUGAUGAGGAGUGGGAAGCGAUAAGACCGACUAAAGUUCAAAGGAAAGACACAUUGCUUGGAUAUAUGCAGCAAUAUCUAUCAACAAAGAGCAGUUGCGGAAAAUGUAAUUCUUGGAGAACGCUCGCUGCUGAUACUUGGGGAGCGACUUAUAGAGACCGGACAGUUGAUGAACAAAGUGCUAAAGAUAAUGUUACUACGGCUGUUAUUGAGGAUGUUAAGUUAAUUAAUGUUGGUGUAUGGCGUCCGAUUGAUGGAAUUACAUUCGAAGAUGUUUUAUUUCCUCAUGUCGUGCACGGAUUUCGCGGAAAAAUACUUCCCAUCAUUACUUAUCAUAACCCACCGUGGACGAUAUUGCAAACCAACGCAUCUGGUUCAAUUGUUAGCUACAGCGGUUUAUUAUUUGACAUCGUCAAUCAACUGGCGAAAAGCAAAAAUUUUACAAUUCGAAUAAUAUUGGCUGGAAAUUUAAAGCAGAAUAUAACCAAUGAUACAAACGACGCCGCAGUAGAUAUGAUGUAUACUGUUAGUUCGAACGAGAUUCAAAAUGCGAUCGCUAAAGGACAAGCGGCGCUCGCUGCUGCCGCGUUUACGAUCCUCACUGAUCCCAAACCAGGCAUAAAUUAUACAAUACCAGUGAGCACUCAGCCUUACUCGUUCAUAAUCGCGCGUCCGCAGGAACUUAGCAGAGCACUUUUAUUCCUAUUACCUUUUACUACUGAUACAUGGCUUUGUCUGGGAUUUGCAGUAGUAUUAAUGGGACCUACAUUAUACAUCGUUCAUCGCUUAAGCCCCUAUUAUGAUGCUAUGGAGAUUUCUAGAGAAGGCGGUCUGUCAACUAUACAUAAUUGUCUUUGGUACAUUUAUGGAGCUUUGUUACAGCAAGGUGGUAUGUAUCUACCACGAGCGGACAGCGGUCGAUUAGUGGUAGGUACGUGGUGGAUCGUAGUGUUGGUAGUGGUCACCACGUAUUCCGGUAACUUGGUCGCCUUCCUAACGUUUCCGAAACUGGAAAUUCCAGUAACAACCAUAUCGGAAUUAUUGGAAAGCAAGACGUACACGUGGUCGAUCACAAAGGGUUCGUAUUUGGAAAUGGAGUUAAAGAAUUCCGAUGAGCCAAAGUAUAUAGCCUUACUAAAGAGAGCGGAGGUGACCGAAGCGGCGAAAGGCUUGGAGGGCGGACCACUUGCCGGUUCCGAUAUUUUGAAUCGUGUCCGCAAACACCGACACGCACUCAUAGACUGGAAACUGCGCCUCAGCUACCUCAUGAGAGCCGAAACACUCAAGAGCGACACUUGCGAUUUUACACUCGGUGCGGAAGAUUUCAUGGAUGAACAAGUGGCUAUGAUUGUACCGGCUCGGAGUCCUUAUCUACCAAUUAUAAAUAAGGAAAUCAACAGAAUGCAAAAGGCUGGUCUCAUUACAAAGUGGUUGAGCGCUUAUCUGCCGAAACGCGACCGCUGUUGGAAGACCUCCACCGUCGAGGAAGUCAACAAUCACACGGUCAACCUCAGCGAUAUGCAGGGUUCAUUCUUUGUACUGUUUCUAGGAAUCAUGUCCGCGUCGACGGUUCUCUUGAUGGAGUGGAUUUAUAUGAGAAGAAAUAAGCGGAUGGAACAAGUUAUUAUUAAACCGUAUCUUGAAUAAAAUGUUGAAAAUUUA